AAAGCUUUUCCCAGGCUGUUCUUCUUCUGCUACUUCACUUCUUCCACACUCUCAAGAACCCUAAAAAGCAAUCAUGAACUCCAAGCUAGUCCUCCAAUCCCUGACGCGAAAUCACAGUGCUAUCAUCUCCAGAUCCUAUCACCUCGCCAAGAACAACAGCAGGCCCACUCUCUAUUCGAAGAUCAGCCCCCUCGGCAAUUCAUCCGUCUCGGCCGAGCUCGACAAUUGGGUCAAGACCGGCCAGAAAGUCCGGUUUCCGGAGCUUCAGCGGAUUGUUUUCGAUCUCCGCAAGAGAAGGCGAUUCACUCAAGCCCUAGAGGUUUUAGAAUGGAUGAGCAGAUUGAGUACUGUUGUUAUCUCACCCGCUGAGCAUGCUAUUAGGCUCGAUCUAAUCGGGAAGGUUCAUGGGUUUGAAGCUGCCGAGGUUUACUUCAACAACCUUAAAGACAUCGACAAGACCGACAAGACACAUGGGGCUCUCCUCAACUGUUAUGCUCGCCAGAAGCAAGUGGAUAAGGCCAUCUCCCAUAUGCGGAAGAUGAAGGAGCUUGGUUUAGCCACGUCUUCCUUGACUUACAACGGCAUCAUGUGCUUGUACACGAAUAUCGGCCAGCAUGAGAAGGUACCUUCGGUGUUGGCCGAGAUGAAGUCCAACAACAUUUCUCCAGACAACUACAGCUACAGAAUUUGCAUCAGUUCUUAUGGCGUUAGAUCCGAAAUUGACGAAAUGGAGAAAGUUCUGAACGAGAUGGAGCAGCAAGAGAACAUCUUGGUGGACUGGAACACUUACACAGUUGUUGCCAACUUCUACAUUAAGUCUGGCCUUCGAGAUAAGGCGAUCGAUGCUCUGAAGAAAGCAGAGGAGGUUCUUCAAUGGAAAGAUGGAACCGGAUUUAACCACCUCAUAUCGCUCAAUGCAGCUCUUGGGAACACAGCUGAGAUAAUACGAUUAUGGAAUGCGGAGAAAACCCUUUGUAAAAGGUGCAUAAACAGAGAUUACAUCACUGUGCUGGAAGCCCUGGUGAAAGUCAAGGAGAUUGAUGAAGCUGUGAAGAUCUUGGAAGAAUGGAAAUCUUGUCGGAACAAUUACGAUUUCAAGGUUCCAAAUGUUAUCGUUAUUGGAUGUGUAGAGCAAGGCAUGAUGGAGAAGGCCGAGGCUGUGCUUCGACAGUUGAUGGAGAAAGGAAAGGCUGUUACUCCGAAUAGUUGGGCCACAGUGGCAAAAGGGUACCUGGAUAAAGAUGAGCCGGCAAAGGCUUUCGAAUGCAUGAAGGCUGCUGUUUCACAGUACGAGGAGAAUAAAGGGUGGAAGCCUAAUCCGAGCGUGAUUACUGGGGUUUUGAGUUGGCUCGGCGAUGAAGGAAGUGCUGAAGACGCGAGAGCUUUUGUCGAUGGGUUGAUGAAAGUUGUGCCAGUGAGCAGAGAGAUGUAUCACGCCUUGCUGAAGGCAUACAAAAGGAGCGGGAAAGAAGUGGAGUCUCUCUUGAGUGCCAUGGAAGCAGAUGGUAUUGCCCAGAAUGGGAAAACACAGAGAAUCCUUGGGAGGAAAGCGGAUUGAGUUGUUAAGAGAGAUCCUUAUAAUUAUCGAAAUUCGAAAAAUCUGUUUUGAGUGACGGAUUUUCAGAAUGCUGUCAUUGCGAAAAGAGAGACUGGUAGAGCGAAAACUUUGUUGUUUUGGUAGGUAGAUUUUCAAACUCUAUGAAAUUGGUGUUUUCUAAGAAGUACCAAGAUGCCUUUCUUCAUAUUGGUGAAUCAGAUGGUCGA